AUGAAACGCCGUUUGGUGAGGUGCAAAGACAUUCGUCUCUGUGCGCUACUGAUUGCCCUGAUGUUGCGCUGUCCGACGCCUCUGCCUUCCUCGCAGACUGCUAGUGCUUCCUCCGUCCGCCCGUCCAUCAAUCCAAUUUUACGCCUGGGUAUCGUCUUCAACUGGCGCAAGGUGCUCGACGCGAAACACCGAAAUUCAAUCAUCGUCGCCGGCGGUAACUCGGUUGUGUCGCCGUCGCUGUAG